AUGGCUUUGGUCUUCGAAUUGCUCGGGCCAAAUUUGGAAGACUUAUUCCGAUAUUGUGGCGACCAGUUCUCGUUGAAGACGACACUGAUGCUUGCCGACCAACUCCUUCGUCGCUUCGAGAGUCUUCAUUCCCACGAUUACCUGCACCGGGACGUCAAGCCUGAAAACUUCAUGCUGGGUAUGGGUGAAGCAGGGAACAUCAUCUACAUGACCGAUUUAGGUCUUGCCAUCUACCGCCAUCCAGACCGGUGGAAGUCGAGCAGCCCCCCUCGCCGUAAUGUGACAGCGCGUCCUCCUCAACUGUUAGGCACAUGCAGAUAUGCAAGCAUCAACGGGCAUUUAGGCAUCGCAUGCGAGAAAAGCCCGCUGACCGUCCUGCAGCACAAUCCCGGCGCGACGACUUGGAAGCACUCGGAUAUAUGCUAA